CUUGCAGUCUCGCUGUCUGGAUGCUGCAGCAAGCGUAUGGUUUACCGGGCUGGACCAACCGAAGCAUCUGCCUGUGUCUGCCUGCCCAUUUAUUGGUAAAUAACCACCGCUGAAAGUGAACGAAAAUCGCCUUUAUAGGAUAUAGCAAAGGAAGUUGAACCAUGUCUUCCAGCUCAGCAACGGUGCGCAUCCUCAUAAAGGGAGGAAAAGUGGUGAACGAUGACUUCACACAGGAAGCAGAUGUUUACAUAGAGAACGGCAUUAUCCAGCAGGUGGGCAAGGAGCUGAUGAUUCCCGGCGGGGCCAAAGUUAUAGAUGCCACCGGAAAGCUGGUGAUCCCAGGCGGGAUAGACACCAGCGUUCACCUGAAUGAGACCUUCAUGAACGGCAGUACCGCGGAUGACUUCUACAGCGGCACAAAGGCUGCUCUGGGCGGAGGCACCACGAUGGUGAUUGGUCACGUGCUGCCAGAGAAGAAUGAGUGUUUGCUGGACGCUUAUGAGAACUGUCGCUCCCACGCUGAUGCCAAGGCCUGCUGUGACUAUGCUCUUCAUGUGGGGGUGACCUGGUGGGGACCAAAGGUUCGAGCUCAGAUGGAGACGCUGGUGCGAGAAAAGGGGGUGAACUCCUUCCAGAUGUUCAUGGCCUAUAAGGACGUGUACAUGCUGAGGGACAGUGAGCUCUUCCAGGCCCUGCAAAACUGCAAAGACAUUGGUGCUGUGGCCCGCGUUCAUGCAGAGAACGGAGAGCUGGUUGCUGAGGGUGCCAAAGAAGCAUUGGAUCUGGGUAUCAGUGGACCAGAAGGCAUUGAGAUAAGCAGGCCUGAAGAGCUGGAAGCAGAGGCCGUCCACCGAGCCAUCACCAUCGCUAACAGAGCUCACUGUCCCAUAUAUCUCGUAAAUGUAUCCAGCAUGUCAGCAGGUGAUGUUUUAGCAACAGCCAAAAUGCAGGGGAAAGUGGUGCACGGAGAGACCACCACGGCUCACGCUGUGUUAAACGGGCUGCAGUACUACCACCAGGACUGGGCCCACGCUGCUGCCUUUGUCACUGUGCCACCCCUCAGACUGGACCCCAACACACCCAAUUACCUGCUUAGCCUCCUGGGAAAUGACACUCUGAACGUUGUGACAUCGGACCACCGACCCUUCACCACUAAACAGAAGGCAAUGGGCAAGGACGACUUCACUAAAAUCCCUCACGGUGUUCCUGGCGUGCAGGAUCGCAUGAGCGUAGUGUGGGAGAGGGGAGUGGUUGGAGGCAAGAUGGACGAGAACCGUUUUGUUGCUGUCACAAGCGCCAAUGCUGCAAAGAUCUACAACCUUUACCCGAGGAAGGGCAGGAUUAUUCCUGGUGCUGAUGCUGACGUGGUCGUCUGGGAUCCAGAAUCAACAAGGACCAUCUCUGUGACCACUCAAUGGCAAGGUGGUGAUGUAAACCUCUACGAGAAUCUACGCUGUCACGGCGUCCCCUUGGUAACCAUCAGCCGCGGCCGUGUGGUCUAUGAAAACGGCAUCUUUACUUGUGCUGAGGGAUCUGGAAAAUUCUACCCUCUACGAACCUUCCCAGACUACCUCUAUAAGAAAAUGGUCCAGCGGGAGAAGUGUCAGGCACUUAAGGGUGUAGAGCGAGCUCCGUACACCGGGGAGAUAGCUUCAGUACAGAACUCAGGAAAGAAGGAGACGGGCGCUAUAGAUGGAGACAUGACCUCACGACCUUGUACUCGCCAUGGGGGAGUGAGAGACCUGCACGAGUCCAGCUUUAGUUUGUCUGGUGCACAAAUUGAUGAUAACAUUCCAAAGAGAGCCUCCGCCAGGAUUUUGGCGCCACCUGGCGGUAGAUCCAGCGGAAUCUGGUAACUCUUUGGAGAAGCACUUUGGAAAAUUCUGAAACUAGACACCUUGAUUUUUUUGACAACCUCACAUCUCAUUAAAAUUAUUUAAUUUAACCACUUGCUACUUAACGCCACUGUUUUUAUAUGUAUAUGCGUAUAAGGUAACUAUAUUUGUCUGAAAAUUGGAAAACAAGGUAUGAGUCAGAGAGGCUUGUGAGAGAUUUGGUAAUAAAAAAAGAACAGGGUGUUAUGUUCUUUACAUUCAAAAGAAUGAAAUUGAGAAGGUUGUGUUCAACAGUACAAGACCCAGACUAUUUUACAAAUAGUUUUUGUUAAUACAUCAUUAUACAUGUUACAUUUUAAAGUAUUCAUAAGUGAGCAAAUUAACAUUUAUUUAAGGAUGGGAAUUAUUUUGUUCAUGUUGCUUUUCAUGGCUAGCCAAUGUGAACCAUUGUAAAGUUUUAAAAAUAUUUGAACUGUUUUAAUGUGUUGGCAGAUGACUGUACAUUUACCUCAGUGUGUUAACUCUUGAAUUAUACUUAUGUACAAUAGCACCCUGCCUCUCUACACUUAUAACCAAUAAUCAAUUGGCAACUAUUUUUAAUAGAUUUUUGCUCCGUGUUGAGGAUUUUUAUGAGUCCUUUGUGACACACUGAUUUAAAGCCAAUUCUAGAUUUUUUUUCAUCGCUUUUUUUUAAGUUGUGUAAGUUAUUUUCAUACCAUUGGUUGAUGAUAAAGCCACUUUAUUUGAUGUCACCUGUAUUGCUUAACCAUUAAAAAACAUUGUUUUAAUGUUGUUUACAAGCGUUGAGCUCCUAAAAUGUGAAAUAAGGAUGAUAUUAUUUACUAUGUCACAUAUAGAUUUGUCUACAUUAGUGUAACUGACACCUGCUUGAUCCAACACUGCAGUUUUAGCUUGUUAUUCUAAAAGUCUUCAUUCUCUUAGCACAGUUUUAUCAAUACCAACAUUUUACAUUGUAUCUUUACAAUCUUUCUCAAGUAGCCAGUUGAAACAUUUAAAGCACUAAACUGUAAUUAUGAUGUAAUAACGUUGGUUCACUGAAAGAUUACCACUGUGCAUUGAUACAGAAACACGGUUCACUUCUGAUCACAACUACUAACCAAACGCCAGUUAAACGACGCAAGACUGCUAACCGAGGCACGUGUUUAUUUUGUACAUGUUUGUAUAAGUUGUUCCAAGCACUUGUGUUCAACUCAAUGUUACAGUGACACAGACAUUACUGUGGAAAGAGCAUUUCUGUCAGUGCUCAAUAUUCAUGUAUUUUUUUAUUCUGGAUUUUCAGUGUGUUUUUCAAUUUUCUAAAAUGUGCCGUGUAUGCACUACAUACUAUGUAGUGCAUAUUAACAUAUGUUGAUCUUGUGAAAAGUGCAAAUAAAGCCCCUCAA